AUAAGCGCGAUGUUGGGAGUUGCAGGCAUUAGUAACAAUUUGGAUCUCGUUUAAGACGAAACAUUACUUAGUGCAAUAGUUUUUCCUCUUUAAUCUCAGAAAACCAACAGCUCAACCAUGCGCAUGUUUGUUUUUCCUUGUCUCGCUUUGUGCGUGGCAAUGGUCAGUUGCAGUGAAGAAUCGAAUUCGGUGACCAAAGACGAUGAUAGUAAACAGCUUGAGAAACGUGGAUUACACAGUUUCGGUGACUACGGUCACAGCGGCCACCAUGAACAUGUUAAGACUGUUACCAUUGAAAAGAAGGUUCCUGUACCGUAUACGGUUACGAAGCACAUACCUUAUACAGUGGAAAAGAAGGUGCCCUAUGAAGUUAAGGUUCCUGUACCCGAACCAUAUUAUGUUGAAAAGAAAGUCCCUGUCCACGUUAAGGAAUACGUAAAAGUUCCAGUCCAUGUACCUAAGCCUUAUGAAGUUAUUAAAAAGGUUCCUUAUGAAGUUAAAUAUCCAGUGGACAAACCUUACGAAGUAAAGGUGUCCGUACCACAACCCUACGAAGUGAUUAAGAAGAUACCUUAUGAAGUUAAGGUGCCCGUACCACAACCCUACGAAGUGAUUAAGAAAAUACCUUAUGAAGUCAAAGUGGAAAUACCUGUACCUAAACCAUAUGAAGUCAUCAAAAAGGUACCCUAUGAAGUUAAAGUACCCGUUGAGAAACCCUAUCCCGUUGAAGUGCCUAAACCAUAUCCGGUCGAAGUUGAGAAACCAUAUCCGGUGGUAGUUGAAAAGAAGGUUCCUUAUGAAGUUAAAUAUCCCGUUGAUAAACCAUACAAAGUCGAAGUGGAGAAACCCUAUCCGGUACAUGUAAAAGUACCAGUGCCCCAACCCUACACGGUCGAGAAGAAAGUCCCCUAUACCGUUGAGAAAGCAGUUCCCUAUGAAGUUAAAGUGCCGAUUGAGAAACCCUAUCCCGUCUAUUCGGAAGUGAAAGUGCCUUUGCAUAAAGAGAUACCCAUACCAGAGAAAUAUCACGUUGAAGUGCCAAUCUUUCCACAUAAAGAAGAAUCUCAUCACGAAUAUCACUCACACAAAUAAAUAAAAUGCUUUCCAAUAACUUGAACUGAAUAACUUUGCAAUCUAUCUAUCAUCAUUCUGAAAAGAAGAAUAAAGGCAACAGCAAUUAUCAAUAAUAACAACAACAGCAACAACAACAACAACAACAGCAACAACAACAACAACAAUAAUAAUACAAUUAACAACAGCAACAAGGAUCAUAUGUUUAUCACUGCCAACACAGAACGCGAUUACAAGUGGAAAAUAGACAAUAAAGCUUUUGCAUGAUCAACAACAACAUCUAAAAAGUAAAAG